GAAGAAUUGUUAUUCUUAUUUUUAUUACUUCCUAUAGCAAUAACAAAUAAAUCCCCAUCUAGACGCUCCAUGGCAAAAACAUACGCAUUACUUUCAACAUCUCUUCCCAUUGUUCCUGUGACAAGAAACCUUUCUUCAAGACUAUGGGAUAUUAGGGGCUUGUUCUACUCCCUCGGAGCCUUCCUCGUUGCCGCUCUCGUAUUCGGAGUUGUUUACCUCACCGGGGAGGCCAAAGAUUUCUUGUUUAGCGGCAGCAGCCCGGAAAGGCUCACCGCCGACGACCCGCCACCGUCAAAGUGUGAUUUGUAUUCGGGAAAAUGGGUAUAUGACAACAAGUCACACUACCCAUUGUACAAGGAGCAAGAAUGCACCUUCAUGUCCGAUCAAUUGGCUUGCCAAAAGUUUGGAAGAAAAGAUUUGGACUAUCAACAUUUGAGGUGGCAACCCUAUCAAUGCGAUAUUCCAAGGUUCAAUGCCAUAGCAUUGCUUGAGAAACUAAGGAAUAAGAGGCUUGUGUUUGUUGGGGAUUCUUUGAAUAGAGGACAAUGGGUUUCCAUGGUAUGUCUUGUUGAUUCUGCCAUCCCACCAUCCCUCAAAUCCAUGCACUACAAGUACAAUGCCUCCUUGAUCAUUUUCAAAGCUAUAGAAUAUAAUGCAACAAUUGAGUUCUACUGGUCACCAUUGCUUGUAGAGUCCAACUCCGACGAUCCGGUACAUCACCGCCUGCCGGAGCGGAUUGUGAGAGCCAAUUCAAUCGUAAAGCACGGCCGGAGGUGGACAAAUGGUGAUUUUCUUGUCUUCAAUACUUACCUCUGGUGGAGGCAACCCCAUAUCAAAGUCUUAUGGGCUCCACUUGAUGAAAGUAGAGAUGGAGUCUACAAAAAUGUGGACAUGGUUCGCAGUUAUGAGAUGGCCUUGAAAACAUGGUCCGAUUGGCUUGAAAUACACAUCAACCGAUCUAAAACCCAAAUCUUUUUUAUUAGCAUGUCACCCAUCCAUGAAAGUCAGCAAGUUACCUGCAGAUGCGGUGCCCCACGUGUGAUCCACGUCAGCAUUUAACCACUGGUUGGUCUACUAAGCCGUCACAUGUGUCCCAUGUUAGCAGACAAACUGUUGACUGGGCUGGUAACAUGCUAAUUGGACCGAUUGAAUAAUUUUCCAAAGAUCGGGAAUUUGAUCGAGUGUUUUUCAAGUACGAGAAUGUAAUUGACAUUUUCGUGAUAGUAUGUAUACAUAUCUGAUAUUUUUUCCUAUUAUAUUUGAUGUGUCUUUUUUGUUAAAAAUGGGCACCACUGAAAUGUUAUAUUUGAUGCGUCUUUUUGCGUUUAUUAGAUUUUGGCCAAGAGUUAGUGAUGAUAGAUUGAUAGUAGAUCUGCCAAAGUUCAAGAUAGAUGUGCUAUAUAUGUUGAAAUGUUCAAAUCAAUAUAUUUCUCAUCAAAACUAGAAAAAUAAGAGGCAACUUUGAUUAUGUGCAAUAAAUUUUGAAAUGCUCAAAAGUAACAUUGCAGGGCAGAAGAAUGGGGUAAAAAGGUAGGGGAUAAUUGCUAUGGGGAGACAGAGCCCAUAGAGAAUGAGGGAUAUCAAGGAAAUGGAUCAGAUCCCAAAAUGAUGAGAUUAGUUGAAGCAACCAUUGAAGAGCUGAAAAACAGAGGGUUAAAUGUGGGAUUGAUUAACAUAACUCAACUAUCAGAGUAUAGGAAAGAAGGACAUCCAUCAAUAUAUAGAAAACAAUGGGAUUCUUUGACAGAAGAACAAAUAGAAAAGCCAAUAUCAUAUGCAGAUUGUAUUCAUUGGUGCCUUCCAGGAGUGCCAGAUGUGUGGAAUGAGCUCCUCUAUGCUCAAAUACUCAACCACAUCUUAUGAUUAACAACUUUCAUAUUCUUAUUAAGAUAGGUAAAAUGUUAAACAUUAAAUGGAAAUUCAUGCAAAUUUGUAAAUUUCAAUUAUCUAUGUCUUUCCAACUCUGAUUCCGCAAGUUUAUAUAUAACACUGUUCUAGAAAUCACUUUAGACGCCCGACUAGUCCCCGACUAGGCUAGGAGGUGGCUGAGUGCCCUGAUUUUAGUUUAGGCGUCCAACUAAUUAGUUUGGCGUCUAGGUGAACUAGACGGGUGCCUAGGUAAACGAACUAAUUGCCCGUCUAGUUGCCCGUUCAGAACGCUUAAUCGGUCGCUGAUGAAGACGGGUUUAAUCACCGACAAAGUAAACGGGCUAGGAAGAGUUCAACGACGCUUCAAGACUAUGUGGUAAAUUAGAAGUCGAAGUGCUGCCAGAUUAUUUUUAAACUUUCUGUUUCCGUAUUAAUAUUUAUUUAGCUAGUAGAGUUGGAGUAUAGUGUUUAUUCCUAGCGAGUAGGAUUAGUAUUUGUUUUGGAUUCAUAUGCCUAUGUUAUUACGUAUGUUUAGGGGUAUAAAUACAUGCCUCUUCUUUAUCAAUAAAGAUUAUUGAGAGCUUUUUAAUUAAA